AUGGUUGGAGAUGGUUUUGAAACAGAAAACCAGUUCAGUUUUGCACCCAAGAAUGAGCCUGGGAUAAAUGAAAAUUAUUUAUCCCAGUCAUCUUCUGUUCUGGACUGCUUCUCUUCCCUCUUCACAUGUACCAUCAUGGAUAUUGUGAUAGAGUACAUCAAUGCCUAUGCUCUAAAAAAAGUAAAGCAAAACACGCCAUUGAGGAGAAGGUCAAGAUUUCAAAACUGGAAACCUGUAACCAAAUAUGAGAUGAUAAAAUUUUUGGCAACCACCAUGGCUAUGGGCUUGAACAAAAAACCAAGCAUACAGGAUUACUUCUCAACCGAUGAUAUUUUUUUUACUCCAUUUUUCUCGGAAAUGUUUGAAAGGGACAGGUUCUUGUCCUUAUUUUGUUCAAUGUUACAUUGCGAGGAACCAGAUGCUGAAGGUAAAAGAAAAAUAGAGCCUUUUAUCAAUCUCUUGAUUGAUAAUUACAACACAGUUUAUACACCUUUCCAAAAUGUGGCCAUCGACGAAAUGAUUGUGGGAUUCAAAGGCAGAUGGCUGUACAAGCAAUUUAAUCCUUCAAAGCCUUAUAAAUAUCACAUCAAAAGCUUUGAGCUUGUUGACAGCUGUACAGGAUAUGUUCUGAAUCUUCUGACAUAUUAUGGGAAAAACACCUCAUUUGACCCAAACAGUGACAAGGACGGAGGGCAGGCAGUACAGAUAUUUAGGACUUUGCUUGGCGUCAUUGGCAGGGGUUAUCAUGUAUUCGCUGAUCGCUUUUACACGACCAGAAAACUAGUUGACUAUCUCUUGUCAGAAGAGCAAUAUUAUACUGGAACAGUACAGACCACCUGCAAAGGAUUUCCUGAUGAAAUUAAAAAACUAACAAUGAGGCACAAGGAGUCUAGAUAUUGGGCGACAGCUGAAGAAAAACUACUGGUAGUAAGCUGGCAAGACAAAAAGGCUAAAAAGCCUGUAGCUAUUGUGUCUACCAUGGCAAAAGCUGAAAACAGGGAAAUAAAGAAUAAAGUGAAGCCUGCUGUUGUGGAUACAUACAAUAAAUACAUGCUAGAUGCAGGCAGGCAUAUAAUUGACUAUUCUGAUAAAGAAAACCGGUGUAAAGUGUGCAGCACACCAAAAAAACCAGCGCACACUCAUUUCAUUUGUAGUGAUUGUCCUGAUAGACCUCAUCUGCAUCCAAAAGAUUGUUUUAAGAAAUGGCAUACACAAGUUCAUUUUUAA